AGUGAGAUCUGAAGGCUUCAAAAGAAGGCGGGGCCUAGCGAAGUCUGAAUAGCCUUGAAGAGAAGGCGGGGCUUAAUCAGAUGCCGUGCCAAUCUCCUGCUCAACCAAUUCCCAGCCUCGGGCCUACUCCGUUGCCGUGGCAACCUCCAGCCCUCGGCUUGCGUGGCGCCUGAGUCGACUAGGCCGCGCCGCCUUCUUCUUCCUUUUCCCGUUUCGGGCGCGAUGGAUCCGUCCUUCGUGCUGGGCUACUUGGCGGAGGUGGAAGCCUUGGCCGAGGAGGUGAUGGCCAGCCGGCAGCAGAUUGUCGAUUUGGAUCAGAAGCGAAAUCAGAACCGGGAGGCAUUGAGGGCUUUAAGCAAGGAGCCGGACCCUUCAGGUCAGGUCAUGGUUUGCUUUGGAGACAUGUUUGUGCAGCUUCCAAAACCGAAGACCAAGGACAUGUUGCAGAGAGAUCAAGAGCUCCUAGAUGAAGAAAUAGCCAAACUGCGAGAAGAACUAAAAGUCAAAGUUAGCCGUCUCCUGGAAGCACAAGGUAAGCCGGAACUGAAAGGCUAUGACCUGAAACCAUUAAAUGCUGAAGAAAUGUGGUUCAUGAGAAAAGUGAUGGACGGCUGAAGGGGUCUUUGUGGACUUGGCAGCUUCUCCUUCUACAGAAAAAGUGCUACUUAGGAGUACAAAAUGCAGUUUCACUCACAGAGCUGUGCUCCUGAGACAGCAUUGCUUCUGCUGUCAAAUGUCUUGGUUACAGGCAUCUUUUGUGAGAGAGAAUAGAACAGGCAUGUGUAAACUUUAGCCAAUAGGAAUUGUGGAUUUGAAGUCUAAAACACCUGGAGGACCGAAGUUUGCACAUGCCUGGGCAACAGAAAGGACUGCAACUUUGGACAGAGAACAAUGCCACUUUGACUGCUUGUCUGGCCUGAGAGGAGCCCCACCGAUUGAGUGAGAAGACCUUUUGAAUUCGAACGGCAGGAAGAAUAGCAUCAGGAAUAUAAUUCCACUCCUUUGAGCAUGUGAAUGCCCUGCCAAAAUGUGUGCGGUUUUGUGAAAAUAAAUUAAAAUGUUCGCUCCAA